UAAGUUGUUUACUUUAGAAUACCAUGUAUGUUUCCUCAGUGUUGCGCCAUUUUCUUUCAUUUUCUAGUGACCAGUGGGAGACCCGGGAUCAGAGCCAAGACUUGAAACGCCAGGUGAGCACUGUGGUGAUCUUCAGUUCCCGCAGUGCCCAGGUCUACCAUUGGAGGAAGGAAAGGGAGGGGCAGUGAUUGAAGGGCAGGGAAGAAGAACGAGAUAGAGCCCUGGGUAGCCUACUUGCUUAACGACUUCACAAAAAGACUCAAUCUUGUAAGGACUAGUGGAACUAAGCUGAGAGACGCAAACCGACAUUGACACCAGUCCAGAGACAAGUGCAGUUCAAGAUCGGCCUGAUGGUUGUUGUAACUGGUUGUUGGUGAGAUAUAGGUGUGGAAAACAAGUCGAUUUCUUAUUGGUGGUCUUGUUACGUGAUACUGUGACACGUUGAGGUUUUUCCUUAUUUUAUAUCUUAGAAGGAAUGAUUUCUACAUGUUUGUCUGUAGCUCGCGCAUUCCCCCUCAGUCAGUGUUAUUGUCCUACAGGAUGUAAAAUAACUGUAGAUGGGAGACAGUGUAUUAUAACGUUAACGGGUCCAGUCGGUAAGUAGUUAGUGAGAGAUGUCAAAAGUUGUGAUGUUUUAUACUCGGAGGUGUCGUUUAUUUUCUAUCAUUUUAACAAUUUGAAGGCCAUUCGUGCGUGUUAAGAAACUUUACAGCAGAAUCGAGUGUCUAGUGAAAAUUACAAGUGUCUGUCUUAUUUUAAACGCUAAAUGUAGGCUUUUUAUAGAACACCAGUGCACAACCAUCUAAUCCAGCUAUGAAUAACUGUCCUAGAUCACAUAAGGAAAGCUUUGGCUUACUGUCCCAUAGACUGUGUUUGACUUCAGCUGGUAUCGCCUUUACCGUAGGAAUGUUAUGCGGAGUUCUAUUACCAGUGUAUCUGUCUGGAUCAUCUUCAACGCCAGGAUUUUUUACAUCUCGUGGACGAGACUAUAAGAAACAAGUCACUGAUAAAGAAUGGCAGGAUGUGGAGCCCAUAACACAGAGUUUAUCAGUAACUCAAGCUUCAGUGAUUGUUGUUGUUCCUAGACCAGAUGAAAAGGAAGGAAUGCUGAACGUGCACCAGUUUCUUAAUAGUGAAAAACCGGAUGAUAGUCUCGAAAGGACAAAGGAAGGGCACACUUUGAAAGACGAAAUGCUUCAUCUGCUGAAAACAGGCCGUGUGGCACUGACAAAUGGUUUUCAACAGAAGGGGCAGGUCGCUGAAAACGGUAAGGAAAUAUUAAUUGCGAAUUCCGUAAUUCCAUCGCAUUACUUAGUUCGUAUUGACUCUUCAAAAAUUUCUCACAAAAAUGAGAACCGAUCGAACUAUUUUCUAACUACGAAACUUAAUUUGAAAAAUAGUGGAGCUAAAAAUUUGAGUUUUAAUAAAGGUUUUAACGAAACAGCAGUAGGGGUUGAGAACAACGAAAUGACAGGUUUACUCCCCGCGGAAAGCCGCCUUGUUCCAGAGAGUUUGGCCACUACCACUUUCCACCCCAAGCCCAGUCUCCGCUGGCUCCCUACGGCGAAGCGAAACUUGCCGGGGCGAGCGAAAUACGUAGGAAGGCUCUUGACUUCUGGAGUCAACCUCGGCAGUAACAAUAUUGAUGAUAUCUCCUCAACACAACCGAGUACCUCGGUAACCCCCUUUUCCCUUAGGAGCCAGAAGAAUUAUGCUGGUCCAGAUCCCAAGGUAAUAACUAACAUAGUCAACGGAAUAUAUUGGGCAGAAGAACUGGAAAAAAAUAUCCCUGAUGGAUUCAUUAAAGAUAUGGACAACUGGCGUCAGUUUGUUAAUAAAACCAAGAUAGUAAAAAUCUCAGAAGGCUGCGGUAGGAUGCAAAAUCGAUUGAUUACUUUUGAAAAUGGAAAUAAUUCGUGUUGUCGAUACAGACAGAACAACGAUCAAAUCCAGGGAGAAAUUUUCUCAUUCUAUCUAAGUAGACUUUUGAAUAUCGGAAACUUGCCGCCCUCCGUGCUGGCCGUCAUCAGAGGUCAGGAGCGUCAGUGGGAGCGGGUGCAUUCCCAACUUUACUUGGCCCAGUGGAAUGUCGAGCGGCCCGUUGUGUUGACCAAGUUCGUGGACGACUUAGAACCUGCUUAUAUUCCUCCCGCCUUUCGCACCAAAGAUCGACGUCUUCAUCCUGUGGCUGAAGAUCUGUCCAAUAAAACGAUGGACGAAUUAAUAGAGCUUGCUCAGUGGUCAGACUUGAUCAUAUUUGAUUACUUGACGGCUAAUCUCGAUCGUAUGGUAAACAACAUGUUUAACGAACAGUGGAAUUCGGAGAUGAUGAACUCACCAACGCAUAAUCUUGCUAAACAUAAAGAGUCAGGAUUACUUAUAUUCUUUGAUAACGAAUCUGGACUUCUUCAUGGUUAUCGCUUAUUGGACAAAUAUGAACACUUUCACCGAUAUCUUAUAAAUUCCUUGUGUGUGUUUCGUAAAAAAACUGCUGACUCUGUAGUCAGAAUACACAGGACUAAAAACAUUGCUAAACUUUUGAAACAAGCGUUUAUAAACUACGAUCCAGGUAUGUCUGACUGGUUACCGUUCCUGCCAGAGCAUAGUAUAAAAACACUUAAACACAGGAUCCAAAUAGUAUAUGAUCAAAUUCAACAAUGCAGAGUAAGAUAUAAUACGAAAGUGGAUCUAGAACAAACGAAUAUUGAGCGAUAGUUAACGACAUGACUAAGUCCUCCGUAGUUAAAAUAUAUUAGUAAUUUGUACAGUCAGUGCAAUUAUUUUAUGGAACAAAAUACCCCUUUCUUUAGUGUAUCUUCAACCCACUAGGGCCGUCCUGUGUCCUUGUACAACUGUGAUUUUAUCAUCUUUUAUCUGAGAUUAGGAUUUACUAGUUUGAAGCUAGGUGGGGUUGCUUCUCUGAUGUAUUCUGUCAGCUGAUACAGAACAACCAAUUUCCGAACACGUGUUUCUUUGAGUGUGAUAUAAUACCCAGAGGUACAGCUUAAAUUGUCUAAAUGACAACUGUCCCUAUCGAUGACGAGGGGGAAAAUAUGUAUGCUUUCUUUCCAUCAUGAGAGACCCCUGGAAAAAGACGAGAGCCAGCUGUGUGCCUGUACACGAGUGAAAUUCUUUUUUUUUUUUACUUCUCUGCACGUGCUUUGAAAAACUCAAUAACUUCAAGGUAAAAACUGAACUCUGCUUUUUCUUCUUAGUUGAUAAAGAACCUAAAAAGAUUUUUUGAACUUCUUUAACCCAGUAAAUCUGGGAAUGUUUAAAGUAGCUUGCUGCACGAGUCCACAAAUGUUGCAAGUUUGAAAAAAUCAGGUAUUUUGUUUUUAUAUAAUGCUAUAGAACUGGCUGUGGUGUGCAAACAUCUGUAGAAUAUGUGUGUAAAAUUAUGUACAUAAUACAAUGUAAAAUUCGAAGCAUUGAUUCUGUACAUAUUAUUCUAGGUGUUAAAU